AUGAACGGAAAAGAGGGUGAGUCCAUGGUUCUCAAAUGCGAAGGAAGUAUAGCGGGCAAUGAUGUUACCUGGCAUUGGUCAAACCACCUCAAACGAAAUGUGAUUGCCACAAUGCUGGUAAAUGGAGACGUUAAAUAUUCUGCACAUUCAUCACAGUAUAACAGGAACAUCACGAUGGAUGGUGACGGAAGUUUGCAUAUAUUGAGGCUGGACUACAAACUGCAUAAUGGAAGUUUUCGGUGUGACAAUGGUGGGCUGUCAACAGAGGUGGAGCUGACAGUUUAUCCAAGCCCAACCAAACUCACACUGUCAAACACCUUCACAAAGGGAGGUAACCUUUUCCUCAACGUGACCAAGGGCAAGCCAUUACCGGUCUUGUGUAAGUCAGACUCCAGCUUUCCGGAGUUCAACUUUACCUGGACUUUAAAUGACUGUGUGCUGAACAGAUCACACGGGGCACAAAGUGCUGUAACACUGAAAGUGGAGGAAUAUCACAACGGGUCAAUACUGGAGUGUAAAGUUAGGUAUCCACAAGGGGCUAAGACGGAACAGACCAUCCUCAACGUUCUGUAUAUCAGUCCGUCAGUACAAUCAUCCAUAUCAGUAUCAGAAAACCGAAGUGUUGACUUGAGGUGCAACAUCACAGGAAACCCACCACCAUCUUUCUCCUGGUGGAGAAUGCACGGCGACCAAUCAGAACGACUUCCUGAGAACAGCGCCAUCUACAGUGUAGUGUCAGUAAAUCGCUCACAGGCGGGCACUUAUGAAUGUAGAGGCAGGAACGAUGCUGGUAACAGAACAGUAUCUGUGGAGAUGAUCGUUGAAUAUCCACCUGUCGCCUCUGUUUUUUACAACAAUGGUCUUCAGGCCCUGGAAUGCUCGGUUGACGGGAUGCCUCGGAAAUUCUACUUUAGGCCGUGGGAACAGCGGUUAGGGGAGGUAACUCUAAGCCUGAUUCCUGGGGAAAGACAGGAUGAGAAUAUCUAUAGAUUAUUUCUUCCUGAGAACUGUAACACGAUGGGAUUAUACGUCUGUAUAGUAGGAAAUACUCACGGAACGGCCAGAGGGGAAUUCUUCCAUAGACCAAACUGUAAACCCCUUAUUGGUGAUGGUGCUUUCAGGAAAUGUAUUAGUAACAAGACUAGUAUCGCUGUCCCCUUCUACGCUUACCCAAACUUCACCAACACACUGUGGCAGACUGAUUCAGGGGAGACCACUCAUGUUAACACAACUCUUGAAGAGAUGGAGAACGUCAUCGUAGAAAUGACUGUUCGUGGAACUGUCCGUAAAGCCACUAUCCUGGGUCAGGCUGUAGUGUGGGAUUUUCCCGAUGGCCUGUCCGACAGUUUUACCCUCACAGUAACUAACAGCGUGGGAUCUUCCAGCGUACGGCUGACGCUGUGUGAAGUGCCAAGCGAGACAGAUGGUGGUUUAGGUCCACUAAAAACAGCUGCCAUCGUCAGUGCUGUCCUCGUGGUUGUGUUUCUCAUCAUCGUGUGUCUGUAUGUCUUCAGACAGAAAACAAAAGGCAAGACAAAGAUACAAUCUAACCUUCUUAGAUAA